UACAUGGGCCCCCGGUCCGUAAGCAACAUCUACGCAGCCGAACUUCGUGGGAUCCAAUUAGCGCUGGACAUAGCAGACCAGCACUCGGGAAUCAAGAGAAGGACGGUUGCCUUAACCCCCCAACGCCGAAUCCCACUUCCAUCAGAGACUACCCACAUCUACAUCUUCGCCGACAGCCAGGGAGCCCCCAAAGCGCUCCUAAGCCCGCAAACUCACUCAGGACAAUACUACGUCCUAGACAUCCUCUACCGCCUCCAGCUCUUCAAGAGCGCGGGAUACGCGGUGCACCUCUACUGGAUCCCUUCCUACUGCGGCAUUCUGGGCAACGAGCAAGCUAAC